AUGAGCUCACCACCGUACCAAAGCCAAACAUCUCCUCCUGCGCACUCUCCUCCCUAUCCAUCGAACUCCCAGCUCCCGAACAUCAACACUAUCGCAAAUGGCACAGGCUCAUCCAAGAAGCGCUCGGCCGGUGACGGUGGCCCCUCGCCCUCCAUAAAGCGUAGGAAGCCCUCCACGAUGUCUGUCACCUCAAUUGGCUCCGCCCAUCCACUCCGACAGACCUCCUUCCCACCCGACGAGUCUCCCUUCGCUGCUCGAUCUCCCAGCGUGGGCUUCGACAACGACAACGUUAGCAUGGUUUCCGGUUCCGCUGUCUCCGUCAGUGCGCCCGUGAAGAAGAAGCGCGGUCGUAAGAGCAAGGCUGAGAAGGCUCGUGAGGCUGCAGAGAAGGAGGGAACGCCCAGCGUUGUCGGAGGCAGGGCCAACACGGUGGCUAGUGGCAGGAGUGGAGCUGGCAGGGGCGCAGCGAGCGCCGUUGGAGACGACGGUGCAGAUGAUGAGGAAGAGGACGACAAGGACAUCAAGACCAAGAUGGGAGUGGCGCAGUUCGAGAGAAGCAGGGAGGAGCGCGAAGAAGAGAAGAAGUUGCGCUUCAUGCUGGUUCAACAGAUGGAUAAGGACCAGACGGAGCGUUACGAGAUGUGGCACGCUGCAAAGUUGACCGAGAGCGUCGUGAAAAGGAUCGUCAAUGCGGCCGUCUCGCAAUCCGUGCCGGCGAAUGUCACCAAAGCUAUGCAGUCGGUUGCCAAGGUCUUCGUGGGCGAUAUCAUCGAGGAAUCACGGAGGGUGCAAUCAGAGUGGAUAGAAAAGUCGGGCGAGCCUCAAGCCGAAGAGGGUGUCUCCUUUCCCCCGUGGCCCUACGAAGAAGAAGAGCACUGGGACGAGCCUGAGGACGGUAGACCUAGAGCGACACAUCCUAAGGUCAAACCGAAGGAGCCGCCCAGAGGUGCUCUACGUCCAGAUCACGUGCGCGAGGCAUGGAGACGGUACAGGUCAGGAGCAGAAGGCGGCAACGUCGGCGCGCUGGGUCUGUGGCACUUGCAACAGAGCAGCGGCGUUGAGAGAUUCGGUGUGAAGACCCGUGGCCGUCGCUUGUUCAAGUAA